CACACACACACACACACACACACACACUGUUCUUACUUGAAAAUAUCCCACUCACGCAACCUUGUCUUUUUUUCCCCUUGCUUUUUUGACCCUCGAGAACUGCUUCACGAUGGGAUCUCCUGGCAUCGACCUCGAUGUCGCCCCGAAUCCUCGCACGAAAGAGGAAAACCAGGAACGAGCGUUCAUUGCAGCUUCGAGACGCAAAGAUCGAAGCCUCGACGCCCGCGUGGAAUCAGCCAACCGGGCUUCCAGUCUCCACAAACAGCGCACAGGCAAAGCCCUCCUCAUCAGUCGAGAUAUCGUGGAGCGAGAGGCGAUGUACGAAGAGGUAGAUGACCGCUACCAAGAGAAGAUCAACCGGAUGCUGCAUGCUCAGUCCAUGCAGCUACAUGCCGAAUUCAACCGCAACCUGAUGGCCGCCUGGCAUGGUGCUCGUCCCGGCGGUGGGCUGCACCAGCGGCGAGCUGCCAGUGCCCAUAUGAACCCGCGAGCCUCGAUCAAUGGGAUUCGCAAGAUGAGCCUUGAUCUGUCGGGGCUACGGUCCUCCAUCGCGGAGGAUUGCAGGGUGCAGCCCGGGCCUAUGACCAGUCCGCUGUCGGCCAAUCCGAGCAGCUAUGUGCUCUCUCCUACUUUUGACGGGACUGCCCAGUCGCCGUCGUAUCCCAACGUUGUUUCCGCCUCGGCGGGCCAAGUGCCAUCCUACCUUGCCCAGGCGGGUGGGCCCACUUGGUCGCCCGCCGCCCACCAGCAGCAGCAACAACACGGCCCGCAGCAGCCCUUCCGGUCACCCUGGACGGCAGGCUACCUUUCUCCUCAACAACAGCAGCCUGCAGCCUCACUAAGGGAGAUGGCCGCGAUGCCGGUGCGGCAGUUUAGAGACCGCAUGGCGUCCGCACCGGUCAUCCCUGUUCACGCCAUGGCCGCCUCCCCCUUGAUGGGCACCCCUGCCGUCGGAGGACCAACAACGACGGCUGCUACCGUGACUCCCCCUACCCCAGCGAUGAGCCGGCCAGUGAACGUAAUUCAACAUAACCGUGUCCGAUCGGAACCAGGUCAAGCGGUCAUGGUACACGGGCUGCCCACCACUGCUGGGCUAUCACAGAUGAGCUCACCCCGCGGCAGCGGGCAGGACAUGGGAUCCUCUGCCGAGCCCAUCAUCCCGACACCAGACCUAUGUCCUACACCGAGUACACCGCAUUCCCCUUAUUCUACAGGGCAGAACCCUGGGAGUGUUUGGGCACUGGAUCUGAACAAGGAAGAGGGGAUGGAGGUCACGUACCAAGGGGACCAUCUGGACCCUGAGUAUGAUGAGUUUAGCCGCUUCGCAUUUGGACUGGGCGGUGGGAGCCAGUUACCGGAGGCGGACGUGGGGUUUGACGAAUUUUUUACCUUGGAAGAAUAUCCUGUCAGUGCUUGACGUGGGAGCUUUCUUCUUUCUUUUCUCUUCCUUCAUUCCUGUUACUCUCUACAUAUCAUAUUUUAGUUUUGGUGUCUGUAUUACUUUACUUUAUUCUACUUUUGUCUGGACAGAGAGGGAUAUGGGAUGGGGUGAUUUUGCCUGCGUGGGUUUUAUACCUUGUACACGAGGAGGGAGUUGGGGACAAAAGGGCGAAGGCGGCGAAGUGCAGCAAUACCCGAAGAUUCUGGCGUUGGUGGGAUGGAUCCGAGCUGCAAGCAGUUCCGGACCGGGUGAGAUGGAUAUAGUGUUUCUACUUUGACUGAUACUACACCUACAACAAAAUCACGAGAGAUGAUGCC